AUGGGUGGAGAUAUACAUAUAUGUGCAUUAAUACUAUCAAGUAAGAGUCUGUUGAUAUUAUAUAUUUCCAGUUUGAUUGGAAGUUCUUUAUCAUUGUUUGCAUCAUUAUUUAAUAUAAUAUUCUAUUUAUUAAAGAGAAGGAGAUUGUUUAGUCGUGUGGAAGACACCAACCCACUAUUGUUGCCAGCCUACGACCUAGAUAACUCCAUCAACAAUAACGACAACAACAAUAAUAAUGGAUCAACUGGUAACAUUAGCCCAUCUGUUGACAACAGUCCUAGAACGAUCAAUCAUCUAGUGUUCUUCCUGUCCGUAGCCGACUUUAUUGCCUGCUCUGCAUUGGUGUUGACACAGAUUAGUAUGCUGUUCAACGCUCCAUUCGCCAAUACACUCAACUAUUGUAUUGCUGCGAGAAGUGUAAUACACUUUGGAUUCCUGUCAUCAUUCCUGUGGACCAACUGCAUAGCCUACUAUCUACUUCGAGAGGUCUUUGAAUGGAACUCAUGUCAUGUACCAUCCGCAGUAUACCAUGUAUUCAGUUGGGGAUUGGCCCUACUUGGUGUGUCCUCCUUCUUCUUUGGAGACAACGUCAUCACACAAGAUGAGAAUGGAUGUUCUAGGUGCUCGAUCAACGCGCAGUACCAACUGUACCUAUGGGUGAUACCCUUGAUAGUAUCAUUCGUUUGGAACUUGCUUUGCUACAUACUGAUCUACAGAAAGUUCAGUAGAAUACUAACAUUUGGUGCAUUUGGUCAUAGUUCAAAGCCAUUGAAGAACCAUGUUGCCAAGAAGUUGACACUGUAUCUUGGCGUAUUCUUACUGUGUUGGAUAUGGGAUGUGAUCAAUCACACGGUGUUCUUGUUCCGAGGAGUGUGUCCACCAUUCUGGCUAUGGAUACUACAAGAUGUGAUGUCGCCAUCCCAAGGAUUCUUCAACUUCCUUGUCUAUGCCUUUGCAAACAUCAARGUGAACUUUGAC